AUGGUCUUCAGCUGGCGCUGCCUCCUCCCUCAUACAUCUGCGACGCCCGAGCACCUUUCUCGUUCGUCCCACGCUGUUUCGUAUGUUGCCGCUACGAAGUCUCUUUAUUUGUACGGCGGUGAAAACAAGCCACGAGUCCCCGUGGACAACGUACUGUACUCUUUGAGUUUGUCAGACCCCGCGACGGGCUGGGUACCUGUAGAUCUUGCUGCAUCAAGUGCCUCAGUAUGCCCAGUAGAGCGUAUAGCCCCUGGCAUGGCCGCUGUGGGAGAAACACUCUAUGUCUUCGGCGGUCGUCAGGGAAUUGCGAUGGAGGAAGGUCCCCUCGACGAUCUGUGGGCCUUCAACACCACGACGAAGGCGUGGACCUGUUUGAUGGAGCACACGGAGGAAAAGGGGGGCCCCAGCAAGCGCAGCUUCCAUCAAAUGGUCGCAUUGGACGACAAGCUCUACGUGUUCGGGGGCUGUGGCGCGAAAGGUCGCAUGCAUGAUCUCUACGCCUACGAUAUUCAGAAAGCUUGUUGGGAGGAGUUCCCGGAAGAAAAAGCCAUGAAG